GAAGUAUUGUUCCUGUUCUCUGUCUUAAGUCAUUUGAAACACUGGCCCUGCGAGUUCCCUAAGUUCCCCUGCAAUCUGUACACAAGAGAAAGAGGGAGAGAGAGAGAGGGAAAGGCAGAGACAGCCAGAGACCAGGUAAAGCGGUGGGGCUGCAGCCACUCAGCCCUCAGGAGCUGGGACCCUGCGAAGGAUGCAGACCGCAAUGAAGAUGAUCAAAGAUGAGGAGGGACCCUUCAACGCUGCUGGGAAGAACAUCCCCUCCUUUCCCCACUGCCUACAGCCCGAGGCUUCCCGGGGAAAGGCUCCCCAAAGACACCCCUUCCCUGAAGCUCUCCGGGGCCCCUUUUCCCAGUUUCGCUAUGAACCUCCUCCAGGAGACCUUGAUGGAUUCCCCGAGGUCUUCGAGGGAGGAGGGUCCCGGAAACGGAAGAGCAUGCCCACAAAGAUGCCUUACAACCACCCUGCGGAAGAAGCCAUGAUCGUGGAGGAGAGCAAGAGCCUGGGCCCCCCGAACCUGGCUCUGCUUUUCCCGCAGCCACAGCGCCCCAAGUGCGACUCUCAGAUGAUCGACCUGUGCAAUGUGGGUUUGCAGUUCUACCGCACCCUGGAGCACUUGGGGGGCAAACCCGUCAAGCAGGAGCCGGUGAAGCCCAGCGCCGUGUGGCCCCAGCCGACACCUCCUGCCUUCCUGCCCGCACCUUACCCCUACUAUCCCAAAGUCCACCCGGGACUCAUGUUCCCCUUCUUUGUGCCCUCAUCCUCACCCUUCCCCUUCAGCAGGCACACCUUCCUGCCCAAGCAGCCCCCCGAGCCAGUGUUACCCCGGAAAGUGGAGCCCCAGGAAAGCGAGGAGACCAAGCAGAAGGUGGAGAGGGUGGAUGUGAAUGUCCAGAUCGAUGACAGCUACUACGUGGACGUGGGUGGGGCUCAGAAGCGCUGGCAGUGCCCCACCUGUGACAAGUCCUACACCUCCAAGUACAACCUGGUGACCCACAUCCUGGGCCACAGUGGGAUCAAGCCGCACGCGUGCACCCGCUGCGGCAAGCUCUUCAAGCAGCUCAGCCAUUUGCACACCCACAUGCUGACACACCAGGGCACGCGGCCCCACAAAUGCCAGGUGUGCCACAAGGCCUUCACCCAGACCAGCCACCUGAAGCGCCACAUGAUGCAGCACAGCGACGUGAAGCCCCACAACUGCCGCGUGUGCAGUCGGGGCUUCGCUUACCCCAGCGAGCUCAAGGCCCACGAGGCCAAACACGCCAGCGGGCGUGAGAACAUUUGUGUGGAGUGUGGUCUCGACUUCCCCACCCUGGCGCAGCUGAAGAGGCAUCUCACCACGCAUCGCGGCCCCAUCCAGUACAACUGCUCCGAGUGCGACAAGACCUUCCAGUACCCGAGCCAGCUGCAGAAUCACAUGAUGAAGCACAAGGACAUCCGUCCCUACAUCUGCUCCGAGUGCGGCAUGGAGUUCGUGCAGCCCCAUCACCUCAAGCAGCACUCGCUCACCCACAAGGGUGUGAAAGAGCACAAAUGUAGCAUCUGUGGGCGUGAGUUCACCCUGCUGGCCAACAUGAAGAGACACGUGCUGAUCCAUACCAACAUCCGUGCCUACCAGUGCCACCUCUGCUACAAGAGCUUUGUGCAGAAGCAAACCCUCAAGGCGCACAUGAUUGUCCACUCUGAUGUGAAGCCUUUCAAAUGCAAGCUGUGUGGGAAGGAGUUCAACCGGAUGCACAACCUGAUGGGUCACAUGCACCUACACUCGGACAGCAAACCCUUCAAGUGCCUUUACUGCCCGAGUAAGUUCACGCUGAAGGGGAACCUGACCCGCCACAUGAAGGUCAAACACGGAGUGAUGGAGAGAGGCCUUCAUGCUCAAGGUCUGGCCAGGGGACGACUCGUCCUGGCGCAGUCCACUGCUGUCCUGAAGAACCUGGAGCAGGAGGAGCCGUUCGACCUCUCCCAAAAGCGCAAUGCAAAGGGGCCGGUGUUCCAGUCCAACGUGGCCAGCACACAAGACUGCCUCUGCCAAGAGGAGGAGGAGGAGGAGGAAGGGGAGGAGGACACCUGCUAUGAGGUGGAGCCCUACAGCCCCAGCCUGGCCCCGGAGAGCCAGCAGCUCUGUGCGCCGGAGGAUCUGUCCACCAAGCAGGAGCACACCGUUCGGGCCCGGGGCCCCGGGGAAAGAUGCAGGGACCAGGAUGCUCCGGAGGAGCAUCAGGAGGAGAGUGUGGAUGACCAUGAGGGCAGGGACAUAGACUGCACCAUCAGAGAGGAGCACCUGGGCAGCCGGCUGUUACAAAGCGGUAGGCAGGGCCCCUCGUUUUCCGAUUACUUAUACUUCAAGCACAGAGAUGAGGGUUUAAAAGAAUUACUGGAGAGGAAAAUGGAAAAACAAGCAGUCCUUUUGGGUAUCUAAGUGGACGGCUUUAAAAUUACAUUUGGAAAAUGAGAUCUAGGCAGUUCAAAUAUAGCUUUCUGCAUGAACUGUCAUUUGCUGGGGACGGGCGAGUGGCGCCGGUCUUUACAAAUGGCUCAGACUAAACGUGCCGGUAACACAAAUGCUUCUCAGGUUGUUCCUUGGGCACUCAGCAAUUUCAUACAGGUGCAGGGGCCCCUCGAGGAUCUUUCUUUACACAUCACCCUUAUGUUGAACUGUGCUUUCAUCUAGAUACCUAACUGCAAGCUGAACCUCAAGGUGCUUUUAGAAACCGUUUCCUCUAACAUGCAAUAGAGUAAAUGUCUUUCUAGUUGCAAAACUGUGGUGCUCAUGUUACCUUAUUAGUGACUAUUAGUUACAUUUAUGAAGGUUACAAUGUCAUAGAUGAAAUUAUUAGCAGUUGUAUAUAAUAAUAGCCUCUAUUAAAUAAUAGAAACA